CCCACCAAGGAAAAACACACAACACACAGUAGUCCUCGAACCAUCGGCAGUAGCCGUAGACAUGGAAAUCGACGGCGAACCAGCUAGAGCAAUCAAAGAAAAGGACCUAUUCACGGCGGCGGAGUCCGGCGAUUCAUCGGUUUUCGAAUCGCUCUCCGAGGAGCAACUCCUCAAAGCCAGCUCCCUCCGCAACGAAGACGGCCGUUCUCUAAUCCACGUCGCCGUCUCCUCCUCCCGGACCGAGCUGGUGGAAAUACUAUCAGCUGCAAGCCCAUCAGUCGUAAACAGUUCUGAUGAAGAGGGAUGGUCACCUCUGCACUCUGCUGCAAGCAGUGGCAAUCUUGAGAUUGUGAAGAUUUUACUUAAUAGAGGAGCUGAUGUAAAUUUGAAAAACGAUGGUGGCCGCACAGCUCUUCAUUAUGCUGCUAGCAAAGGUCGGCUGAAACUAGCUGAAAUUUUGGUUUCACACGGUGCAAAGCUCAAUGUCAAGGACAAGGUUGGUUGCACCCCAUUGCACCGUGCAGCAAGCACUGGGAACGCAGAAUUGUGCGAAUUCUUGAUCGAGGAAGGAGCAGAAGUUGAUGAUGUUGAUAAAGCAGGGCAAACCCCUCUUAUGACUGCAGUAAUAUGUGAUAACAAAGAGGUAGCUCUCCUCCUUAUAAGACAUGGAGCUGAUGUGGAUUCUAAAGACAAAGAAGAAUAUACCGUUCUUGCACGAGCAUCUCACGACCUACGCCUCCUUUUAGUUGAUGCUGCCAAGGCUAUGCUCGAAGACUGAAAAUAAUGACCGGAGUUGUAUUAAUUUUUUUUGUUUAAUUUUUUUUUAUAAUAUUUGGUUACUUUUUCAUGAGGUGUAAACAGUCUCGAAUGCUUAGUCGAAAUGACUCUCUUUGUCGAAAUUACAGCGACAAAUCGUAGGUUUUCUAACUGUGAAUUAUGACCCAACCUUAUUUUGAGAUCUAAUGGGCAUUUUGCUGAUUGAUAAAACAGAUGAAUGGCAGUUUAAUUGUGAAAUAUUGGCGCCAUUU